CCGCAAAUCAAUGCGUUCAGCAAGGUCCCCGUUCCGCUUUAAGACCCCACCAUUUCCCCCUUAGCAACCACCUCAUAACAAUGCCGCCCAAAAGUAAAGCGGCCACAAAGCCCAAAGCAACCGAAACGACUACAACCACCAAUCCCACCACCAUUACUAGCCAAACAGCAUCGCAACCAUCAGAACCUACCACCGUACUCGAACGUAGUCAACAGCGUUACGAAAAGACCCGUCCAUUCGAAGCUGCCCGUCGACAGCAAGGACUCAGCAAACUCUCCAAAGAAGACCAGAAAGGUUGGAUCUGCGACCAGCUCCUCCACCUGACCAACCGCCUACCCGCAGCCAGCCGCUCACGCCUCCUCGGCCCUAAAGCGUCCAAGGAGAUCUGGUGGACCAUCAACGGGACCAACUCGAUCGUCCGCGGACUCAAGCACAAGCCCGAACCCCAUAUCACCUGGGGCACCGACCGGAACGGCCACGACGUCGGCAGCUACACGAUCGAGCGGUUCGACGAGCGAUUCAGGAAGCGGAUCGCCUUGACAGCGCUCCAAGUGUCGAGUAGAGUAUUCCGGGAGAACGUCGAGCGCGAGAAGAGAGGGUUUGUCGACGCAAGGUCCGGACGGGAGAUUAUUGUUACGGAACGAGAGAUCGACGAAGAAAAGGUCCGACGAAGCAAGAUGGCUGCGCUCAAGAAGGAACUGUACGGCGAGAUCACGGGGAAGCUGGCUGGGAGCGUGGAGUGGGAGGAUGUGGUGCCUAUUCCACAUGAGGAGCCUGAGGGCGCGCUGGCGGCGAUUGCUUAUCCGGCUGAGUAUGCUGAGGCCAUGUCCUACCUCCGCGCCGUCAUGACCACAAAGGAGUACUCCCCGCGCUGCCUGCGCCUAACCGAACACAUCAUCUCCAUGAACCCCGCCCACUACACCGUCUGGCUCUACCGCGCCGCCAACAUCUUCGCUUUGGGUCUAUCCAUCCCCGACGAGAUCGAGUGGCUCAACGAAGUCGCGCUCGCCAACCUCAAGAACUACCAAAUCUGGCACCACCGCCACCUGCUCGUCGAACAUUAUUACCCCACCAUCUCUUCCGACCCCGACGCUCUCGCGCAAUUCGCCAAACAAGAGCGUGACUUCCUCAUCGCCAUCCUGUCCGAAGACACCAAGAACUAUCACGUCUGGUCGUACCGCUCGUGGCUGGUGGGCAAGCUGGGGAUGUGGGAGGACGAGGAAGAACUCAAAUCGAUUGAGCAGCUGAUCGACGAGGACGUGCGCAACAACUCGGCUUGGUCGCACCGGUUUUUCAUCGUGUUUUCGAACCCCAAGUACGCAACGCCGGGGAAGGGGGCGACGGAGAAGGAUGAAAGGGUACCCCAGGAGCUUGUGGACAGAGAGGUGAAGUAUGCCCAGAACAAGGUGUACCUGGCGCCGCAGAACCAGAGCCCGUGGAAUUAUAUGCGGGGCGUGUUGGUCAAGGGCAGGCAGCACCUGGCGAGCGUGCAGGGGUUUGUGGAGGAGUUUGUGGUGAAGUUGGGCGAAGGGGAGGAGGAGGAAGACGUAAAGAGCACGCAUGCGUUGGAUUUGUUGGCGGAAAUUUAUGCGGAGAAGUGGGAUAGUGAUAAGGCGGAUUUGUGCUUGAGGAGAUUGGCGGAGAAGUGGGAUAGGAUUCGUGGGGGGUAUUGGGAGUGGAGGAGGAAGUGUUUGACACAGACUGAGAAGGAGAAGGCGGUUGCGGUUGGAGAGGCUGAGAAGGGUGGUGAGGAGGUUGCGGCGGCGUAGGAGGCCAUGUUGGGUUUGGAGGAUUGGAUUGCAUUCAAGAAACAAAUGAUCUUGGCCGGACAGUUCGGACUACAGUAGUGAAAGCAGUUAUAGGGUAGUAGCUCAGUAGCGAGCAUAUGGUUAAAGGGCAUCGGGUAGUUUGGAUUAUUCGGGAGAGAAUUCCCAAGCGGUUCGCUUUGGUAGUUGUGCUGUAGAACAAUUUGUAGUGAGUAUCAUUCUUGAUGGCUUU